GCUGGAACCGGAUGUCUGAAGGAUCUCACGGUUUGACAAAUUUCACGUCCUUCGUUAGGGAAGGUCAAGGCCAUUUGCAGACGCUUUUUACAACACUAAAUUUAAUUGUCAAGUUGAGUCAAAAUGGCUUUGACAAGUAAAAUUGUCCAAACAAAAACAUUUGAUGGACAGAAACCUGGUACGAGUGGUUUGAGAAAAGCUGUAAAAGUUUACAAAGAAGAAAAUUACACCGAAAAUUUUGUGCAGUGCACUCUGACAGCUGCACUGGGAGACAAAUUGACAGGUAGCACAUUGGCUGUUGGAGGAGAUGGCAGGUAUUUUGGCAAAGAGGCAACAUUGAAAAUUAUACAGAUCUGUGCUGCAAAUGGGGUAUCCAAGUUACUAGUUGCACACAAUGGAUUAAUGUCCACGCCUGCUGUGUCAUGUGUAAUAAGGAAAUAUAAGACUGAUGGUGCCAUUAUUCUCACUGCGAGUCAUAACCCUGGUGGUCCGGAUGCUGAUUUUGGUAUCAAGUACAAUAUUGCAAAUGGAGGUCCAGCCCCAGAAGCUGUCACCAAUGCCAUUUAUGAUAUGACAAAGAAAAUCUCGUCCUAUAAAAUCUGUCCAGAUCUUACCGUAGACAUCUCAAAACUAGGAAAACAAGAAUUCCAAGUUGAUGGACACACGUUUAUUGUUGAGGUGAUAGAUUCAGUGUCUGACUAUGUGGCCUACAUGAAGGAGAUAUUUGACUUUGAUGCAAUCAAAGGUUUACUGCAGGGACUUGGUGGCAAACAACCUCUAAAUGUACUCAUCAAUGCCAUGCAUGGAGUAAUGGGCCCGUAUGUAAAGAAAAUAUUUCAAGAAGAACUUGGGACUCCAGCUAGUAAUUGUGUGAACUGUGAACCUCUAGAAGAUUUUGGUGGCCUUCACCCUGACCCCAACCUGACCUAUGCAGCUGACCUUGUGGAGGAACUUAAGAAAGGUCAACAUGGAUUUGGAGCUGCUUUUGAUGGAGAUGGGGACAGAAACAUGAUCCUUGGGCAGAACGCAUUUUUUGUCACUCCAUCAGAUUCCCUAGCUGUCCUGGCAGAUAACCUGGAGUGUAUACCAUAUUUCCAGAAGACAGGGGUGAAAGGUUAUGCAAGGAGUAUGCCCACUAGUGGUGCUGUAGACAGAGUAGCCAAUAAGAAAGGGAAGGAAUGUUUUGAGGUACCUACAGGAUGGAAGUUCUUUGGUAAUCUGAUGGAUUCAGGACGUCUGUCCCUCUGUGGAGAGGAGAGUUUUGGUACAGGCUCUGAUCACAUCAGGGAGAAGGACGGUUUGUGGGCUGUUUUAGCCUGGUUGUCAGUACUGGCCAGGAAACAACAAAGUGUAGAAGAGGUUAUUAGAGAACACUGGAAACUGUAUGGUAGAAACUUUUACACAAGAUAUGACUAUGAAAAUUGUGAAACAGAUCCAGCCAAUAAAAUGAUGGCUAAUUUAAACAAUUAUAUCUCAGAUAGCUCCAAUAUUGGUCAGUUGCUCUCGUCUGGAGAAAAAACAUACAAAAUAGCCAAGAUAGACAAUUUCUCGUACACUGAUCCAGUUGAUGCUAGUGUUAGCUCAAAGCAGGGCAUUAGAAUAAUAUUCAGUGAUGAUUCUCGAAUUAUUUUCCGUCUGAGUGGAACAGGAAGUAGCGGAGCUACAAUCAGGAUGUACAUUGAGGGUUAUGAAUCUGAUGAACAGAAAUUUAGUUUAAGUCCUCAGGAUGUUUUGAAGCCAUUGAUUGAGAUAGCCUUGACGAUUUCUCAGUUGCGUGAAAUAACUGGGAGAAAAGAACCCACUGUGAUCACAUAGAAUAAAUUACUUCCUUGAAUGGAUCAGAUACACAAGUCUGUGGCAUUAGAACAGUAUUAUAAUGUCUAUAACAUGAUGUACCCAAGUGAUUAUCUACUGAAUUAAAGCAUUUCUUUUUCUAGAUAUUGUGAAAAUGUUCAGCAUCUUGAGCACUUAAAGUUAGACAUUAUACUUGACUUUAUACUUUUUUAAUGCCCCCACCUUAAAAAGUGGGGGGGGUGCAUAUAGUGUUACCCCUGUCCGUUUGUGUGUUCGGGAAAAGGUGGUGUUUAUGUCCGGGCCAUAACUUUGACAUGCAUGAUCCAAUUUCAGAAUAAUUUCACACAUGAUAAGCAUGGAUAGAUGAUGUGUCAUGCAGAAAACCAGGUCCCUAGGUCUAAGGUCAAGGUCACACUUAGAGGCCAAAGGUCACAUACAAAAUGACAUUGUCCCGAGCAUUUCCUCUUCAUGCAUGGAGGGAUUUGAUGCAACUUGGCUCAUUUGUACACCAUCAUGAGACAGAAUGUCAUGCGCAAGAACCAGGUCCCUAGUUUAGAAUUACUUCCCUUUGUUGUUAAUAUAAAUAGCUUAUAUUGUAACUUUUUUAUUACUGGUCAUAGGGAAAAAUCAAGACCACUUUUCUUAGUAAAACAUGCAUGUUACAUCCAAUUAUGAGAUGUAUUUUGACCUAUCUCUACCUGGUAAGGAUUUUUGUGUGGACUUAGAAUUUUUUUUUUUUUUUUUUUUUUUUUUUUUUUUUUUUUUUUUUUUUUUUUUUAAGAUUAACUUCCCUUAGUUGUUACUAUAAAUAAUUUAUAUUGUAGACUGUAGGGAAAAACCAAGACCACUUUUCUGUGAUACAACAUAGAUGUUACUUUCAAAUUUUAGGUGUAUUUAAAGGUAUCUUUACCUGGUAAGGAGUUUUUUUUGUGGACUUAGAAUUUUAACAAAAGAAUUACAAUAAUUACUACACAACCACAGAAAAUAGGGCCAAGGGUCCUUCUUUUAGUUUGUGAGCAGGAACAUGCCUGUGACCUUUCUCAUGUUGCGGGGGCAUCCGUGUCUGUGACACAUUUCUAGUUUAAAAAAUCAUUUUCUCUACAGACAUAUAACAGAAGUGGAAACAUGAUUGUAUAAAUAUUGAAAAAAAAGGACAUGCAGAAUGUUUUCUUUGUAAGCAUUGCAAUGACUUUCAAUUUUUCAUGUUUUUUUAUUCUAGAGGGGAUAAUAUGUACAAAAAAAAUGUCUUCUCAUUCAUUACGAACUGCAAGUUGUAGGCAAUUCUUACAGCUACACUUCCAUAUCUUUGCUGUUAUUGUAAUGGUAGUUUUUUUUAUUUAUUUCGAAAAUAAGACUAAAUUUCAUCUGAAUGGAAA